AUGUCGUCUCUGUCGAUUCCACGUCAAGCGUUGUACUAUGUCAAGAAGGUUUCCGAAGGAAGAUCCAUCGCCAAUGUUCAAGUGAUCUCUACAUGCGAGAAGCAAGGACAAAACUACGCGGUCGCUUUCGACCCACUCGGCGCCAAGGUGAAAGUUCACAAUUCGCUCGAACAACUUCCGUCGAUUAGAAACGCUGAUGUUUUGGUCUUCAAUAAUGCUCUUUCACAGAUUGUCACCAAUGCCGAUCUCUUGACCGAUUUCUUGAAGAACGCCACCAACGCAGCAUCAGUUGGAGGAAUCGUUGUGAUCAGAGAGGACUUGAAGAAUGUUGCUGAUAAGCGGCAAGUUGCCCGUCUCACCGACUACUUCGACGUCUUCCGUACCAAUGAUGCCGAUGGAAACAACACUGGACUCGACCUAUACACAGUCGAUGAGGUCCACAACUCCACCUACGUCGAGCAAAACUUCCUUGACUUCAUAUUUGUCUUCCGCAAGAAGGUGUUCGCCCCAUCCACCGACGCCACCGUCACUUUCCGCGAUUUCCUCGACAAGACCCAGUACACAAGCACCGGAAUCGACGCCUACGAGUGGAUGUUUGGAGUGAACUUCAUCUCGCCAGGAGGAUAUGCUGAGAACUUGAAGAUUAUCAAGAGAUUCGGAGACUUGAAGCCAGGACAAACCAUGUUGGAUAUCGGAGUGGGAAUCGGAGGUGGAGCCAGACAGGUUGCCGAUGAGUUUGGAGUUCAUGUUCAUGGAAUUGAUUUGUCGUCAAACAUGCUGGCCAUCGCUUUGGAACGUCUUCAUGAGGAAAAGGAUUCGAGAGUCAAGUACUCGAUCACUGACGCUUUGGUCUAUCAGUUUGAGGAUGAUUCAUUCGAUUAUGUCUUCUCCAGAGAUUGCAUUCAACACAUUCCAGACACUGAUAAGCUAUUCUCCAGAAUCUACAAAGCCUUGAAACCAGGAGGUAAGGUUCUCAUCACAAUGUACGGAAAAGGAUACGGAGAGCAAUCGGAGCAGUUCAAGGAGUACGUUGCUCAACGUGCUUACUUCCUGAAGAACCUCAAGGAAAUCCAUCAAAUCGCCGAGAAGGUCGGAUUCACCAACAUCGUCACCGAAAACAUGACUCCACGAUUCAAGGAGAUUCUCAUCGAGGAGCGCACUCAUUUGGAGCAAAACGAGGCUGAGUUCUUGUCGAAAUUCCAACAACGCGAGAGAGAUUCCCUCAUUUCUGGAUGGACCAACAAGCUAGGAUAUAUUGAGAAGGACAACCACAACUGGAACUUCUUCAUGGCCCAGAAGCCAUUCCCAAAAUAA